UGGCAGCGGAGAACACUUGCUGUGGAGAGCCUGUUGCAUGCCAUGACAGCGUUUUACCGGGUACUUCUGUUGUUGUCUGUGGCCCUGGCCUCUGCGGCGACCCGCAGGACCCAGCGGACGAAAAGAGGGCUACUUGAGCUGGCAGGAGCCAUCAAAUGCAGCACGGGGAGAUCUGCCUUGGCUUACAUGAUGUACGGAUGCUACUGUGGACUGGGCGGUCAAGGCUGGCCCAGAGACAGGGCCGACUGGUGUUGUCACAGGCACGAUUGCUGUUACGGAGAUGCAGAACAUUUCGGCUGCCAGACCAAAACAGACCAGUAUCAGUGGACGUGCGAGGACAGGAAAGCUGAGUGCGAUGAUUUGGAGGACAAAUGCGAAAAGCUGCUCUGCAAGUGCGACAGAGAUGCUGCCAAAUGUUUGAGAAAAGCACCUUUCAUCCGGAAAUACGCCCUAUGGCCUGACUUCAUGUGUGGCUACGAACACCCAAUGUGUAAUAUUUACUGACACAACAGAUGCACCCUUAUAUUCCAGUGUGCCUUUUGUAAAUACAAAAUGGUAAACUCACAGCACUUGUGCUUUAUUUUGUGUUUCUCAAGCUGUUUAUAGCAUUUAUUAUUAUCAGGUCUUUUAAUAAACACCACAAUAAGAUUUGAAACAAAUAAAACAGGUUAUUUUUGCAUGUGCUUUGUAUCAAAUGUUAUUUUAAUAAAGGACAAAACUGCUAUUAA